AUGUUUAGAGAUAGAACAAACUUAUUUUUAUCAUAUCGUCGUACGGUUCCACGUAGUUUGCCCCGAAAUGACAGACGAUUUGAGUCUUUGGUGGAAGAAGAAGAAGGAUUGAUUGAAUCUAGAAGAAGUGAUAGAAGGCAACGAUAUCAAGAUAACAAUGACUCUAUAGAAAUGAAGGCCUUACCGCCAUCGAUCUUUGAUAUUUCGAAAGAAAUUGAUGACAAUUUAUUGCAAAUAAAAGGAAAGACCAGUGAAUUGAAUUCAUUAUAUAAAAAAUUAUUAAUAACUAAUUAUAACGAGAAACAAGCAAUUGAAAAUAAGAUCGAAAAUUUGAAUUAUGAUAUAACAAAGAAGUUUGAAGGGUCGUAUGUGUUGAUCAAGAAGUUUGAAUUUUUACAGAAGAACCAUGGUAAAUUGAAUUUAGAUUAUUCUAAUAAUGAGAUAUCGAUUAUUGAAUCGUUCAAGAAAAAUUAUGCAUUGAAGAUCCAGGAAAGUUCAUUGAUCUUUAGAAAUUUGCAAAAUAAUUAUAUAAAAUUCUUAAAGGAUGACGAAGAUGAAACAGACACAUUGAUCAAUGAUUCUAAUAAAGACCAAUUUAAUUUAAUUGAGAACGAGGAAGAGUCUCGAAAUAUUGAAAAUUAUUCCAAGCAAAUACUACAACAAACUCAAAUACAUUCAUCAAAUUCACAAUUUCUUCAGACUAGGGAACGAGAAAUUUCAAAACUUGCCAUGGGUAUUUUGGAAAUAUCAACUAUUUUCAAGGAAAUGGAGAGUAUGGUAAUUGACCAGGGAAGUAUACUAGAUAGAAUUGAUUAUAAUAUAGCAAACACUGCACAAGAUUUGAAGAGUUCCGAGAAAGAGUUAGUAAAAGCUCAAGGUUAUCAAAAGAGAACAACAAAAUGUAAAUUAAUAUUUUUGUUAUCCUUGAUUGUUUUUGCAUUGUUCAUUAUCGUCCUUGUUAAACCUCACGGUAAAACAAAAGUAGUCGAGAAACCACCGCCUGAUACUAAUCCCGAAGAUAGGCCCACUAUAAAUAAUCCCGAAGACUCAUCAUCAGGGAUGAAGGAUGAAAAUGCUAAAGAUAAUUCAAAUGCUAAUAUUGAUGAUGGUCUCUACAAGUUCAUAUGA